AUGCACACGUGCUGCCCCCCAGUAACUUUGGAACAGGAUCUUCACAGAAAAAUGCAGAGCUGGAUGCUGCAGACUCUAGCGUUUGCUCUAACAUCUCUCGUCCUUUCGUGUGCAGAAACCAUCGAUUAUUAUGGGGAAAUCUGUGACAAUGCAUGUCCUUGUGAGGAAAAGGACGGCAUUUUAACUGUGAGCUGUGAAAAUCGGGGGAUCAUCAGCCUUUCAGAAAUUAGCCCUCCCCGUUUCCCAAUCUACCACCUCUUGUUGUCUGGAAACCUUUUGAGUCGUCUCUAUCCCAAUGAGUUUGUCAAUUACACUGGGGCUUCGAUUUUGCAUCUGGGGAGCAAUGUAAUCCAGGACAUUGAGACCGGGGCUUUCCACGGGCUGCGGGGUUUAAGGAGAUUGCAUCUGAACAAUAAUAAACUGGAACUUCUGCGUGAUGAUACCUUCCUUGGCUUGGAGAGCCUGGAGUACCUACAGGUCGAUUACAAUUACAUCAGUGUCAUUGAACCCAACGCUUUUGGGAAACUGCAUUUGUUGCAGGUGCUUAUUCUCAAUGACAAUCUCUUGUCCAGUUUACCCAACAACCUUUUCCGUUUUGUGCCGUUAACGCACUUGGACCUCCGGGGCAACCGGCUGAAACUUCUGCCCUACGUGGGGCUCUUGCAGCAUAUGGAUAAAGUCGUGGAGUUACAACUGGAGGAAAACCCCUGGAAUUGCUCCUGUGAGCUGAUCUCCCUGAAGGAUUGGUUAGACAGCAUCUCCUACUCCGCCCUGGUGGGGGAUGUGGUUUGUGAGACCCCCUUCCGCUUACACGGCCGGGACUUGGACGAAGUGUCCAAGCAGGAACUCUGCCCAAGGAAACUUAUUUCGGACUACGAGAUGAGGCCGCAGACGCCUCUGAGCACCACGGGGUACUUACAUACCACCCCGGCCUCGGUGAAUUCCGUGGCCACUUCUUCCUCUGCUGUUUACAAACCCCCCUUGAAGCCCCCUAAGGGGACUCGUCAACCCAAUAAGCCCAGGGUGCGCCCCACCUCUCGGCAGCCCUCCAAGGACCUGGGCUAUGGCAACUAUGGACCCAGCAUCGCCUACCAGACCAAAUCUCCGGUGCCUUUGGAGUGUCCCACCGCGUGCACUUGCAACCUGCAAAUCUCCGAUCUGGGCCUCAAUGUCAACUGCCAGGAGCGCAAGAUCGAGAGCAUCGCAGAGCUGCAGCCCAAGCCCUACAACCCCAAGAAAAUGUAUCUGACGGAGAACUACAUCGCCCUGGUGCGCAGGAGUGACUUCCUGGAGGCCACGGGGCUGGACCUCCUCCACUUGGGCAACAACCGCAUCUCCACGAUCCAGGACCGCGCCUUCGGGGACCUCACCAACCUGAGGCGCCUCUACCUAAAUGGCAACAGGAUCGAGCGGCUGAGCCCGGAGCUGUUUUACGGCCUGCAGAGUCUGCAGUAUCUCUUCCUCCAAUACAACCUCAUCCGCGAGAUUCAACCUGGGACUUUCGACCCGGUCCCAAAUCUCCAGCUGCUAUUCCUGAACAACAACCUCCUGCAGACCUUGCCCUCAGGCGUCUUCUCAGGCCUGACUCUCCUGAGGCUCAAUCUCAGGAGUAACCACUUCACUUCCUUGCCGGUGAGCGGAGUCCUGGACCAGCUGACGUCACUCAUCCAAAUCGACCUGCACGACAACCCUUGGGAUUGUACCUGCGACGUGGUGGGCAUGAAGCUGUGGGUGGAGCAGCUCAAAGCGGGCGUCCUGGUGGACGAGGUCAUCUGCAAGUCGCCCAAGAAGUUCGCCGAGACGGAUAUGCGCUCCAUUAAGUCGGAGCUGCUGUGCCCCGACUACUCGGACGUGGUGGUGUCCACGCCCGCGCCCUCGUCCAUCCAGGUCCCCGUGAGGACCAGCGCGGUGACCCCUGCUGUGCGUCUGAACGGCACCGGGGCGCCCGCGGGCUUGGGCGCGGGCGGAGGCGCCGCGUCGUCGGUGCCCUUGUCUGUGCUGAUCCUCAGCCUGCUGCUGGUUUUCAUCAUGUCCGUCUUCGUGGCUGCGGGGCUCUUCGUGCUCGUUGUCAAGCGCCGGAAGAAGCACCAGAGCGACCACGCCAGCACCCACAACUCCGACGUGAGCUCCUUCAACAUGCAGUACAGCGUGUACGGCGGCGGAGGCGGCGGCGGCGGCGGCGGCGGCGCGGGGGUCCACCCGCACGCGCACGCGCAGCACCGCGCGCCGGCGCUGCCCAAGGUGAAGACGCCCGCGGGACACGUGUACGAGUACAUCCCCCACCCCUUGGGCCACAUGUGCAAAAACCCCAUCUACCGCUCGCGGGAGGGCAACUCCGUGGAGGAUUACAAAGACCUGCACGAGCUCAAGGUCACCUACAGCAGCAGCAACCACCACCUGCAGCAGCCGCCGCCGCCGCCGCAGCCGCAGCCCCCGCCCCCGGUGCAGCUGCAGCCGGCGGGGGAGGACGAGAGGCGGGAAAGCCACCACUUACGAAGCCCCGCCUAUAGCGUCAGCACCAUCGAGCCCCGGGAGGACCUGCUCUCGCCGGUGCAGGACGCCGAUCGCUUUUACAGGGGCAUUUUAGAACCGGACAAACACUGCGCCACCACCCCCGCUGGCAACAGCCUCCCGGAAUACCCCAAAUUCCCGUGCAGCCCCGCUGCUUACACCUUCUCCCCCAACUAUGACCUGAGACGCCCCCAUCAGUAUUUGCACCCGGGGGCGGGGGACAGCAGGCUGAGGGAACCGGUGCUCUACAGCCCCCCCAGUUCUGUCUUUGUAGAACCCAACCGGAACGAGUAUCUGGAGCUAAAAGCAAAACUAAACGUUGAGCCGGACUACCUCGAAGUGCUGGAAAAACAGACCACCUUUAGCCAGUUCUAA